UUCUUCUUCUUCUUCUUCUUCGAUGGCUUUCAAAUCGCCUCCUGUAGUUUCAUCCACCUGCAACAACUGCGGUUGCGACACUUGCAAGAGCUGCUUCUGUGGAACAGAAAUCCAGAGUUUAGAUACCAAAGCUCCGAAAUCUCUUCACAAAUUUGAUUUAGGACCUGUUCCAUCGCGUGCCGAAGUUGAUGCUGCAGUUACUGCGCUUCAGAGUUUGCUGCAGGAAUAUUUUUCAAUUGAAUCGCUGUCAAAAUGGCUUCAGCCGCUGGUGAACUCCUACGAUUCAAGCAUUUUGCAUUCUCGUGGCUAUCAAUUACUUUGCAAAGGUUUUCAAUGGCUGCUAACAGAUCCUAGUUUGAAGGGUCUGGUAGUUUCAUUGUGUCUGGACAAAAAUGUUUGGGAUGCUAUUAAAAACAAUGGAAUUGUGGAGAAGCUCCAGGAGCUACCUUCUUCAGAAGGUGGAAAUGGAAACCUUGGGAGCUCCAAACCGGGAGCUGACAUUGGUAGUGUCAUUCUAAGCUGGAUUUUGCAGAUGUCACUAACAAAAAUCUGGGAGCUAAUACAAAACUUUGUGGUCCUGUUGAACAAUGCAUUUCUUUUUCCUGGGAAAGAGAAACUUAAGGCAGAGAAAAGAGAGGAGAUAGAUGAAAAAAUCCAAUCUUCAUUCGUUCUGUCCUUGAUCAUCAUGUUGAUUGUGGUUGUCUCUCGGGCUCAGAUUGCAUGAAUUUCGUGGCUUCAACACCUUCUGCUCCGCGCUUUUACCCAAACUUUUAUUUAACCUAAAUUGUGAUAUCUUCUUUGCUUCUACUUUUAACCUAUAUUUACUUCUUGUCUAGUUCCUAAACAUAUAUGUUUAUACUCUUGUAGUGUUAUCUUUACUCCCGGUAAAUUACUUAUAUCGUUUUAUCCUUAUUCAUGGUAAACUUUUCUUUACU